AAAGUAUUCAAAUUCAGUAGCAACGGUGGUCAUUAAGUAAGAGAAGAUUUGAUUUCCAGUUUUCCAUCAGCAGUCGCUCAGCCACCGGAGAUUCUCAUUCUCAGAAUCAAUUCCAAUGCAAUCAAAAAGGUUAUUCUUGCUUUAGCAUCCAAACCCUCAAUUCUCAACCCUUCUUUACCUCCUUGCAUUCAUGGAACCUCGCAGAACUUCAAGAAUGGUCAUCGACCCCAAAGUCCGGCAAGUCGGCUUUGUGACCCUAGGCUCCGCCACCUCCACCGGUGGCGCUCCACCACCUGAUCGGACCAAAUCAGGCCCCGCCGCCCCAUCCUCGCAGGCGGUCUCCGACAUCUCGCCAUCCGGCAACUCUCUCUCCCCUGUCAUGAUACCCCCACCUCGCCACGCCUCUGACAACCUCUCAUCUUCUUUGGUUCUUCACAACUCGUCUCGUGCAGUUCCAGUUCAAGUUCCCAUGUCGCCUCUUCGUAGGACUUCGAUGGGUGAUGACAUGCCCCUUGGAAGCUACAACCCUUCUGAGUCACUUCUGGGUACCUCUCCUUCUCCUUCCAGUAAGCUUGAUGAUGGGGAUUUCUUUGAAGAGGAUGCUUCCACUGGUUGGAUUGUUGGGGGAAACCCUGGAAAGCUCGCUUCGUCUUUUCCCGGUGGUGGGUUCGAUUCUACUGCGACGAAAUCGAGUAAUUUUCUGCCAGCAAGUAAUCUGACCACUGCUACAGUGGUGAAAAUACCUCCUGACAAAAGUGGAGGACCCUUGGUGGAAGUACAGACCGAACAAGUGGCAAAACCUUCGAAAGAGAAAACAUCAAAAGCUGAAAGGCGUGCCCUUCAAGAGGCUCAACGAGCUGCCAAAGCAGCUGCUAAAGCUGAAGGAAAUAAAACAGCUACUACUUCUGGAGAGCCAACUGCAAUGAAUGUAAAACCAUCUAAAGCUGUGAAGGCUUCACAAAAGAAAGAUGUUACUACUGGAACAUCGUCUGUUGCAGCUUCAGAGAAGAAAGGAGGUGAUCGCCCGCCAGAAAAAGAUAGGAAGAAAGAUGUUCCUCCUCCACGCAUGCAAUUUGAUGACAAGCAACGGGUUGAAAAGGCUAAGAGGCGUGCAGUAGUCAAACAAACUGAAGUUAGGAACAGAGUUCAGUUGUUUAGGCACUUGCCUCAGUAUGAGCAUGGAACUCAACUUCCUGAUCUUGAGUCAAAGUUUUUCCUACUUGAUCCGAUGCAUCCUGCUAUUUACAAGGUUGGAUUACAGUAUUUAUCUGGAGAUAUAUCUGGUGGUAAUGCCCGUUGUAUUGCAAUGCUCCAAGCUUUCAAAGAAGCCAUUAGAGACUACUCCACACCUAUGGAAAAAAGUUUAAAUAGAGAUUUGACUGCAAAAAUCAGUAGUUACGUUUCAUUUUUUAUAGAAUGCAGGCCCCUUUCAAUUAGCAUGGGAAAUGCAAUUAGAGUUUUGAAGAAUCUAAUUGCCAAAUUACCUUUGACGCUUUCCGAGUCAGAAGCCAAAGCCACCCUUUGUGCAGAUAUAGAUCGUUUUAUAAAUGAGAAGAUAAUACUUGCAGACAAGGUGAUAGUCAGGCAUGCUGUGACAAAGAUUAGGAAUGGGGAUGUACUUCUCAUAUAUGGCUCAUCCUGUGUUGUUGAAAUGAUGCUAUUGUAUGCCCAUGAGCUGGGGAAACAGUUCCGUGUUGUAGUAAUAGACUCCCGUCCAAAGCUUGAAGGACAAGCAUUACUUCGUAGGUUGGUGGCAAAGGGCAUCAGCUGUACAUAUACACAUAUAAAUGCUGUUUCUUAUAUAAUGCAUGAAGUCACAAGGGUUUUUCUUGGGGCUGCUUCAGUUUUGUCUAAUGGAACAGUUUACUCAAGGGUUGGAACUGCAUGUGUGGCCAUGGUUGCUCAUGCAUUCCAUGUUCCAGUUUUAGUAUGCUGUGAAGCAUAUAAAUUUCAUGAAAGGGUGCAACUUGAUUCGAUUUGCUUUAAUGAACUAGGUGAUCCAGAUGCCAUUGCAAAAGUUCAUGGGAGAAAUGAUGUGAACUAUUUGGAUAAUUGCACUGGUCAUGAAAAUCUUCAACUUCUAAAUCUUAUGUAUGAUGUAACACCUUCAGAUUAUGUUUCAAUGAUUAUCACAGAUUAUGGCAUGGUCCCAACCACAAGUGUCCCUGCAAUUGUGCGAGAAUACCGAAGAGAAUGCUUAUGGAUAGAGGGGCCCAGCAUGGCCCAUUCCAUUAGAGAAGAAUGAUAUAUAUUUUUUGUUUCUCUUCCCCCCCCCCCCCCCCCUUUACU